AUGAUUCUUGAAAAAGAUGACGAUGAUCGGUCGUAUCGCUCAGCGUCAAAAAAACAGACAUCGCUCUCGUGCCUCUCAUUUGUUGCAUAUUUACAUUCACUAUAUUCUUCAGCUUCACUUAUGAAGCACCCUCGCUUGUCAGCGAUUGUUCUUUUUGCUACCGCCAGAUACUUGCGACGCAUUCCCGGUGACCGGUCCGAAGAUUCUGAGCUGUCUGCUUCCCUCUACGCGCUGCCUCGCUCGUCACCGGACACUUCCACUGCUUUCAGCUUCCGUAGAUUCGUAUCUGUGGCCCCGUCGAUUUUGGCCAAAGCAUAA